AUGUCGUACGAUCUGAAAACGGCCGAGAGUCCGGCCUACGCGCCAUUCUUUGGCUACAUGGGAGCUGCAUCGGCACAGAUCUUUACCGUACUUGGAGCUGCCUACGGUACCGCCAAAUCUGCUGUUGGUAUCUGUUCGAUGGGUGUAAUGCGACCGGAGCUCAUCAUGAAAUCUGUGAUUCCUGUUAUUAUGGCUGGUAUCAUCGGUAUCUACGGACUUGUGGUGGCUAUGGUGUUGAAGGGCAAAGUAACAUCGUCAAGUGAAGGUUACAAUCUCAACAAAGGUUUUGCCCAUCUCGCCGCUGGACUCACUUGUGGUUUAUGCGGUCUUGGUGCUGGUUAUGCCAUUGGAAUUGUCGGUGACGCCGGUGUACGUGGUAUGUCGGUUUCGUCCGGUGAAUAUUGGCUGAUCUCGGCACCCGGUGAGAAAGGCCCCAAUGAUGCUUGGGAUAAACUGAAUCGUGCUACCUCGAAUCUUUCGAACAACUCGAAAUUCAAUAUUCCAGAUCUUAAGGUUGGAACACUCGAUCAGCUCGUUGGACUUUCUGAUGAUCUCAGCAAACUGGACUCUACCGCAGAAGCAGUUACUCGUAAACUGGUUCAGUACUUUGGAGAAGUUCUAGAAGAUGAUAGAAGCAAAUUAGCCGAGAACCUUCAGAUUAACAACAAGGACAUCAAGACAUAUGUAACAAAGUUUCAAUGGGAAGGUGCCAAGUAUCCGCUCAAGCAAUCACUCAAAGUACUUAGCGAGAUUAUCGGAAAGCAAGUGACGCAAAUCGAUAAUGAUUUGAAGCAGAAAUCGCUAGCCUAUAAUAAUUUGAAGAAUAGUUUGGCCUCGAUCGAUAGGAAAACGACGUUAAACGCGAAAGACUGGCUUGCACGAUAUUCGACGUUCACGUCGAUGGUGGUGCCAGGUUCAACGCAACUCAUCACUGAAGAAGGCGAACAUGCUCUCUACUCCGUUACACUUUUCAAAAAAGUCAUUGAUGAGUUCAAGACUAUUGCCAGAGAAAACAAGUUUGUCGUGCGUGACUUUGUGUACGAUGAGGAAUCACUGAAGGCAGGCAAGAGUGAACGUGACAAACUGGUAGCUGAAAAACAGCGACAGUACGCUCCUCUGAUAAGAUGGCUGAAAAUCAACUUUGGUGAGAUCUUCGCCGCUUACAUCCACGUCAAAGCCCUGCGAGUGUUUGUGGAAUCUGUCCUGCGGUACGGUUUACCGGUCAAUUUCCAAGCUGCCCUCGUUGAACCAACCAAAGGGUCCCAGAAGAUUGUACAUUCAUCUAGACGGAUCAGCUGCCGGACCAAUCGAUACGUUGGAAGAUUCGCCAGCGUUGAUGUCACUGGGAGUAAAUGA